AUGUGGGCUUUAAAGAAGCUGAAUCUUGACUGGGCUGAAGCUGCUAACUUGAGGAUGACACAACUCAAUGAGAUGGAAGAAUUCCGUCUCCAUGCCUGUGAGAGUGCGGCCAUGUACAAAGAGAGGAUAAAGUUUGUCCAUGAAAAGAAGAUCAUGAAGCGGGAGUUCAAUUCUGGUGACUUGGUCUUACUCUUCAAUUCAAGACUUAAGUUAUUUCCGGGUAAACUCAAAUCCAAAUGGUCUGGCCCAUUCAAAGUUGUGAGUGUGUCUCCUUAUAGUGUUAUUGAACUGGAGUCGGAGGAUGGGACUCGAACUUUCAAGGUGAAUGGACAACGAGUCAAGCAUUACCUUGAUACUGUAGGAGAAAGGCAUUUAAUAGAGCAAUUUGCUCUAAGGGAUAGUCCAACAAAAACUCCCACCAAGGAAUAA